UGCAGGAGCGUCAUUAAAAGCUGAAUACGAGGUUGGAUUUUAUUCUUGGAGUUAAUUCAAUUCCUGGUAUAAUUCAAUUGUGCAGUGAUGGCGAAACAAACUUUUUUGUUAAUGCUGUCCGUCCUGCUGGUCAUCUCUUUUUGGUCUUCAACAUUUGCAAAGGAAUACAAAGCUGCUGCAUUUGAACAUCAACCAUACUUUGAAACACAUAUUAAACCUCCCAGCAGAGCAGAAGCGUUGGUUAUAAUGAGACGAAAUACAGCAGUAUACAGCGAGCAAGCAAGGGAAGCUUUCAAACAAGGGGCUCAGAUAAUUGUAUUUCCAGAAGACGGGAUUUAUGGCAUAGACCACAGACGAGACACUAUAAAACCCUACUUAGAACCGAUUCCCGAAGUUUCAAAUGUUUCAUCCAUCAAUCCAUGCAUUGAUCCUCAACCUAACACCGAUAUUCUGAACGAAUUGAGUUGUAUAGCGAAGAAUAAUUCCAUUGCUCUAGUAGCUAAUAUGGGAGAUAUCCAACAUUGUAGCAAAAGCGAUCCUAAUUGCCCGAAAGACGGAAGGUAUCAGUACAAUACUGAUGUCGUAUUUGACAGGAAUGGCAGGUUGCUUGCUAAAUAUCACAAGCAACAUCUGUAUUUUGAAAAAGCUUUCAAUACUCCGACUAAAUGCGAAUUUGUUACAUUUGUCACGUCAUUUCAGGUACGUUUUGGCGUGUUCACGUGUUUUGACAUGUUGUUCAAAGACCCUGCAAUUGAUCUUGUGCAAACCUAUGGUAUACAAAAUAUUGUUUUUCCCACAGCUUGGUUCCACGGGUUUCCUAUGAUUAUUUCCAUUGAGUUCCAACAAGCCUGGUCGCGUGUGAAUUGCGUAAACCUCAUCGCAGCGGACCUGUAUAUUCCGGAAGCUGAAUUCAGUACUGGAAGUGGAAUUUACGAUUGUGGGGAGCCAAAGAUAUACUUAUUCAACCAAAAACUGAUUGAAAAACGUCUUCUUGUAGCUACACUAAAUGGAAACAGAAAUGCAUUAAAUGGCAUUCGUGGUCGCCAAGCAAAACUGUAUCGGCGUGAUAAUACAGCGUCUGACUUAGAUGAUACAUUUACGACUAGAAAUAUUGAGAAGUUCCAAAUGAAGCAAUAUAAGAAUGUAGAUACAUUUAAAGGAAACGUUGCGGGAAAUAUGUUCACAAUGAGCAAGCUAGUUUCUUCAGAAAGUGAAAUAUCAUUGUGUGGUGAGCAUUUGUGCUGUCAUCUUAACUAUGGUCUACCCAAGGGAAAAGAGUUCACAGAAAGUUUUGCCUUGGGGGCUUUCUUGGGUGAAAAUCGUAAUGGGUUCUAUUGGGAGGUGUGUUUACUUCUGAAAUGUUUCUCAAGUGAAGAAAGCUCGUGCGGCAGGGCUGUCAUGGAUUCUGAAACAGUAUUUGAAUCAUUCACCAUGACAGGCAACUUUUCUAGUAAUGCUUUGGUUUUCCCAACAGCUAUGGGAAACGGUUUUUCUCUACUUUCUACAAAUGAAAUAAAAUUUCAAGAAAAUAGUAUUUCAGGUGAUGCAUUAGAGCAACCGUUGUUGACAGCGGCUCUCGUUGGCAGAGUGUUUUCCAAGGACAAACCACAGGAUUGACAUUGAUGAGCAAAAAACUCAAACGUUGAAAUAAAAGUAAAGAAUAUUUCUUUGCAAUGGUAUAAUGCGAUGAUUGAAACUUAAAACGUUGUUAAGAAAACAUUCCAAUGAAAUU